AUGUCUGCAUCCAUGACAGGACUCUUCAGGGUGAUCCACAGGGAUCUGGUCCCCUGUGCCAUCGUGCAGCCUUGGGAAAUGGCCCUGCUUGGUGAGGACAGCAGUCGGGCUCCCCCCAUCCCUCACAUCUCUUUGCCCUACCUGAGCCUGGGAACUGAGGAGCUGCCGUGCAAAAUCGAUGCCUUGGCCAGUGCCGGCCUACGGGAUGUCGUACCAGGGAAGGCAGCCUGCUUCUCUCCUCCCACCGGGCACCCUCCUUCCCCCACAAUCGUGUAUUCCAAGCGCUCCCCGCCCUGGCAGUCCCGUCCCACCUCACCUCUCUCCUCCCUAGGUUUGCUCGAGUGCUGUGCCAGGUGUGUCAUCGGGGCACCCUUUGCUUCGCUGGUUGCCACUGGCUUGUGCUUCUUUGGGGUAGCGCUGUUUUGUGGCUGUGGGCAUGAAGCCCUCACAGGCACUGAGCAGCUCAUUGAGACCUACUUCUCCAAAAACUACCAGGACUACGAGUAUCUCAUCGACGUCAUCCACGCUUUUCAGUACGUCAUCUAUGGCACGGCCUCCUUCUUCUUCCUCUACGGAGCCCUGCUGCUGGCUGAAGGCUUCUACACCACCGGUGCUGUCCGGCAAAUCUUCGGGGACUACAAGACCACCAUCUGCGGCAAGGGCCUCAGCGCAACGUUUGUGGGCAUUACCUACGUCCUGACCAUCAUCUGGCUCCUGGUCUUCGCCUGCUCCGCAGUGCCUGUCUACAUCUACUUUAACACUUGGACGACCUGCCAGUCCAUUGCCAACCCUAGCAAGACCUCAGCCAGCAUUGGCACCCUGUGUGCAGAUGCCAGGAUGUACGGUGUCCUGCCCUGGAAUGCUUUCCCCGGCAAAGUGUGUGGUUCCAACCUGCUCUCCAUCUGCAAGACCAGCGAGUUCCAGAUGACUUUCCACCUUUUCAUUGCGGCCUUCGUGGGGGCAGCCGCCACACGGCUCACCUUCAUGAUCGCCGCCACCUACAACUUUGCCGUCCUCAAGCUGAUGGGCCGAGGCACCAAGUUCUAG